AUGGAAACGGGCCCUUUGAUCCCCGCCUCUCAAGCAUCCCAUCUCCUCUCAUCGUUCACAACCUUCCUAACACUAACCCUCCACACCCUCCUCUACCAUCGCGCUCUCUACCCCAAAACUACCUUUCUAACGGCUCGAGCCCUGAAUCUCCCCGUCCAUCAAUCUCGUCAUCCCGGCCUCUGCACAUGGAUAAACGACGCUGUAGCUUCAGUAGCAGCACAGCUACGCAAAGGCACAGUACGCCGGAUAGCCAUUGCGAUGCAUGCUGCCAAGACGUUUGAUGUGCUGGAGAGAUGGGUCUUUGAUGUUGAUCUGUUUCCUGCUGGGUGGGGUGAUAGAGAAGAGGCGACCUACAAUCCUGCGUUGGUAGAGGGUGACGAUGAUGGUGUGGUGAAUUGGGCCGAUGUUAAUGAGGCGCUGAGAGGUGCCCUGACGAGAAUAGCACAGAAGGCUGAGAUGAUGCCUGAUUUACCUCACGGGAGCACCUUUACUGUUGCCGUUGAGUUACGUGAUGAUGCAAAUGCACCUAUAGGUAUCGACAUCGACUGA